AUGCAGCUGUGGGGUGGAUCCUGUCGCUGGGGUAACAAGAGCGUGGGACGUCCCGCUGUGAUUCUACCCCUGAACCUCAAACAGAAGACUCGACUGGACUCUAUUGUUAUGGCGAUACCUCAGCUGUUCACCGUUGUGUCUGAAGACGUGGAGCUGUCGUUCAUGGGGAAGGAGGAUGGUCAGGCCUGUGAGGAGAGCGGGUCUCUGGUCCAGGCCAUUUCCCCACACCUGAGGAGAGUGAUGCAGCAAGGCACCGCCAAACAAGUGGGUCCCAAGCUGUUUGAAGAGAACCCAGAGGUGUCCAUCCUAGCACAAGCUGAGAGUGAAGACUUCCAGGAGUUUAGCCCUACCCCUAAUGCACAGUUGCCAUACUUGAGGUCCCAGCUUCAUAGAAAACACAGGUCAUUUGCCAAGGGAACAGCUUUUCUCAGUGACACAGAUGAGGAAGACGGAACAGAGCAACCUCAUCACCUGCAGAAGAAACAACGUCGAAAGAGCCGCGUUAGACUCAGUGCGGAGGAUGGAGAGGAGCGGCCGGUCAUUCAGGGCCUUUGGGUGCAAGAAAUCGACUGGCUCCGAUCAACAAACAAAGAGAUGAGCUCCUGUGACAUUAUCCCACCUCCUCCCCAGUUUACAGACUCUUACAAUGGGGAUCAAGUUUCUUCUUUAUGCUGCAGCAGUGAGGACAAAUUACAAGCUGUGUCCAUUUCAGAGGACCAAUACAGGUUAACGGAGAGCAGUUUAGACAGGGGAGACUCGGACUGGGACUUCGAGCAGGACUCUGAAUCCAGUGAUAGCGACUCUUCUUGUUGUGUGGAAGAGUGUGGACAUUGCAGCAGAGGCAUGCCAGACUCGGGCCUCAGCCUCAUGGGCGUUUCCGGAUUCGGUCGUGAUCAAAGUUAUUGCCCGUCCAGCUGUGAGAGUGUAUCUGAUUCCUCCAAUCGUUUCUCUGGGUGUGCUCAAAGCCUGCUGGGAAUGCUGGACCACACCUCCAGUGUAAACUUAAGCACAGAUGAAAUGGAUAAAAUGGAAGCUGUUUUGGAGGAGCUCAGAGGGAGGGUCUGUCACAUACCCAAGAUGUUUGCAACAUUGUUCUUUGAGGAUGUGAUGAGGCAAAGUCUUCGAGAGUGGACCUUGAAAUGCACCAUUAAUGAAGGACUUUUGUUUCAUAAUGCAAUGCAGCCCAGGAGCUCCCAGUACAGAGAGGGCCGCGAGUAUUGUGUUGUGCAACACAUCCAGAACGGCUCGUACGGUGACGUCUUCUCUGUCCAAGACAAAAGGACUGGAUUCACAUGUGCAGCCAAGAGGAUCCCGAUCAGCCGGUUUAGCUGUGAGGAGGUUAGCACUUGGAGCGCUCAGGACUCCCCUCACAUUGUAGAGCUGUUUGGGGCAGUGAGGGAGGGGCCCUACAUUGUACUGUUCAUGGACCUUAAACCAGCUUGUUUAGGUACACUUCUGAAGGAGAUGAACUCCCUACCUGAAGAUCUAGCCCUGCAUUAUCUGCUUCAGAUGUUAGAGGCGCUAGAACACCUGCACAGCCUCAAUGUGGUACACCUGGAUGUUAAAGUUGACAAUGUGCUGCUGUCUGCGGACUGCACACACACGUUCCUCUGCGACUUUGGACUUUCUGAAACAUUAGAUGACAAUGGCUGGAGCACCAAGACAUUCAGGGGCUCUGCUUUCCCAGGCACAGAGACACACAUGGCUCCAGAGGUUGCACAGGGAGAGCAGCUUAGUACCAAAGCAGAUGUUUGGAGCAGCUGCUGCAUGUUACUGCACAUGCUCAAUGGAUGUCAGCCUUGGAUCCGCUACUACUCCCACCCUCUGUGCUUACAGAUUGUCAAUGAGCCUCCACCGCUAUGGGAAGUACCAUCCAACUGUAAUAACUUCACAGCCAAAGUGUUCAGAGCUGGGCUGAAGAAGGAUCCUGAUAAGCGGGCUUCUGCAAAGUCUCUGCGCAAGAAAACCACCAAGGCUUUAAGAGCAGUUGGAGGCUUGAGUUCCUGGUCUAUCAAAAUUGCGUGUGAAAAGCUAUAUUCUCCCAAAAGGCAAAAGGAUGACAAUCCAAGCUCUCAGCUGCAUGAAAGCAGGAAGUGCAAAGCUCCGUUAUUAACCAAUAUGCACUGGGUAAGCCCCUGGAGAGCACUCGCAGCUGAUGAAGACAGUGAUGGCAGCCAUUGGGAGCAAACAUCAGACCAAGACUGUGACGUUGAACCAAAAUCAUUAAGAGACAAUUAUCUGGAUGAGAAUGAAUGGGAUACAACUUCUGAGUUAUCGGACGUGGACAUUUACAUAGGAGAGGAGGAAUACACUGAAGAGAAAGGGGUCAAAUCUGACAGAGACUAUGAAGGAGAUUGGGAGGAAGAUGAGGAUGAAGAGUUUUCAACAGAGUAUUUUCGUGGCCUCAAAGAUAUCUUUCCUGUUCUACAAAAAGGACAGACACAAGAAGAUUGGUGGGGAUCUGAAGAAGAGCUGGAGUACCUCAGAGACGGUGUCUCUUUAGGGAACACGGGCCAGCCUCCUUCUCCUGAGCCCAGAGAUGACCCUCCAUCUUGCUUUAGCUGCUCCGACUCCUCACAGAUAGAUGCCUCUGACAAUGACACGGAUCGAUCAUCUGAUGACCUCAGCUCUGGAGUAUUUUCUUCCAGUAACAGCCAGGCAGACGAAUACCUGGAGUGGACAGUUUCACCUCAUUCACGCUCAUCAUAUUGUUUUGAAGGUGUUGACAUCUGGAUUGAGGAUAUUCAAGGACAAUGUCUUAGAAUCCACGAACAGCGACAGGUCAAAGUGGGCCACGUAGCAAUUGGAAUAAGUAAUCAGAUUUCAGAGGAGGCCUUCACUUUGGAGACACUGGACAGAAAAUUGGUUUCAUUUGAACAAGAGAUUAAAGCAUCAGAUAACGGAAAGAUCGAGAAGCUGCCUUUUCUAGAGCUUCGUCACCAUGGGGAAUGUAUUUGCGAGUUUAUUCAAGGGCCUCUUCGGCAAAAAGGAGAUGAGAAUUCUUAUGUCACCACCAUUCCCACCAUCGGUUUUAAUGUUGAAACUGUAGAAUACAAGAACAUCAGCUUCACAGUGUGGGAUGUAGGCGGUCAGGACAAAAUCAGGCCACUGUGGCGCCACUACUUCCAGAACACUCAAGGGCUUAUUUUUGUUGUGGACAGCAACGACAGAGAGAGGGUAAACGAGGCACGGGAAGAGCUGUCCAGAAUGCUUUCUGAAGAUGAGCUCAGAGAGGCCGUGCUGCUUGUUUUUGCUAAUAAACAGGAUCUACCCAACGCUAUGAACGCUGCAGAGAUCACAGACAAGCUGGGUUUGCAUUCACUUCGUCACCGCAACUGGUACAUCCAGGCCACCUGCGCCACCAGUGGAGACGGCUUAUAUGAGGGCCUGGACUGGCUCUCCAACCAGCUGAAGAACUCCCCGAAAUGA